AUGGCGGAGGCUGCUGAUGGGAAGAAGAAGAAAUUCCAGUGCUUAUCAAACAGGCUUUGUUCGUCGACGAAAACCAAACGAAAUCAUAAACGUCUGGUGAGUAAACAUGGCCAGUUUUACGUGAAUCUAGACAAAAUCAGUCUUCUGGAGAAGAUGAGGAAAUAUACUGGCGAUGGAGUCACCACGUUUCUGGACAUACAGUGGCGUUGGGCUCUGCUCAUCUUCUGUAUGGGAUAUUUGCUAACCUGGAUAAGCUUCGCCUGUUAUUACUUCGCCUUCGGCCACGUUCACGGGGAUAUCGUUGAUGAGGGUCACCCCGGGAACUUUACCCCGUGUGUAGCCAAUGUUCACUCCUUCACGACGGCCGUUCUCUUCUCUGUGGAGUCUCAGCACACCAUUGGUUACGGCUACCGAGCAGUCACAGACGAGUGUCCCCACAUCAUCACGGCCGUCUUCUUCCAGUUCAUCAUCGGUCUUGGCGUCCAGUGUCUUAUAGCAGGUCUGGUCUUUGCUAAACUCCAGCGAGCCAAAAAACGCUCGGAGACCGUCCUGUUUAGCAGUCUGGCAUGUGUCUGUUACUUUAAUGGUAAACUCCGACUGUCCAUCCGCGUGGGCAAUCUUCGACCUUCUCAUCUGCUCGAAGUGACCGCCAUGGGAAUGUUGGUGAAGAAAAAGACAACUGACGAAGGGGACGAAAUUCCUUUCCACCAACAGUUUCUAGACUUCAGAUCAGAGAGUGACGGUGACAACAUAAAUUUGCUUUGGCCAGCUGUCCUCUAUCACACCAUAGACGAGAACAGUCCUCUGAAGAACGUGAGCUCGAGAGCAGUUCUGGCGCGGUACUCAGAGCUCGUGGUUGUAUUAGAAGGUGUAGUUGACUCGACAAGCCGGACAUUUCAAGCUAGGACAUCAUAUUUGCCAGAAGAAAUAUUGUAUGGAUACCGCUUUAAGUGUAUUGCUCCACUUGUAAAGCAUGAUGGUCUAUUCCGGAUUAGUUAUAUGGAUUUCAAUGUCGUGAUACAGCAGCAUUUUCUUCGACAGGUAUCAGGAGAUCGUCAGGGGCCUCCUAUCCUGGAGUCACGUGGCUGUCAGACAGAGGACAGUGACCGAGAGGAAGACAUUGAUGAUCUCAGAAGACAAAUCACUGCCAGUGGUUUCCUUAGCUGUGACUUACGGAGGUCUGUAUCAGUGGAUAGUUUACCAGAGGGCAUCACCGCGGAGCUUCUGGGUAUGAGGGGUGACGAAGUCCGGAGCCUUAACCAAACAGCCACAGAAGAUACGCAGACUUGAUAAAACCGUGUAUACGAUAUUCUGACCAGUUUUCAAAAAGUUUUUAGUUAGUCUGUGUGCAGACAAAUACUGUUUGCAAUAAAAUGUGAAAAAACACACCUUUAAGUGUAAUUUUAAAUGGUCUUUUGUACCAGUUGUGUGUGUUAAGAAUUGCCACUUAUAUGACGGCGGCCACCUUUUUAUGGAUGGAAGAAACCGAAAUGUUGGGAGUAUACCCAACCCACCUCCUCACUUAAACUACCGCCACGAAACCAGCAUGGGCUCGAUACGAACUCGCUACCUAAUUACCUGCAUGUCCGUCGGGUCACCGCUUGACCAUGUUUGCUAUCUUGUUCCACAAUUCCACAAACCAUGAACUGUUUACAAGUUACAAAUUUGUCGUUGCUUGAAGGAUGACGCAGUUACUCUAGUAUACAAUGUAUACGAUGAUUGAAGAAUUAGUGGUUACCUUUACUCGCGCCUUGGUGACCAUUCUCACCCGGUUUCUCAUCAGCUUGUCCUCAUCCGGCUUGUCAUCAGGUUGUCUUCAUCCGGCUUCUCAUCCGAAUGUCCUCAUCCGGCUUCCCAUCAGGAUGUCCUCAUCUGGCUUCUCAUCAGGUUGUCUUCAUACGGAUUCUCAUCCGAAUGUCCUCAUCCGGCUUCUCAUCAGGAUGUCCUUACCCGGCUUCUCAUCAGGAUGUCCUUACCCGGCUUCUCAUCAGGAUGUCUUCAUCCGGCUUCUCAUCCGGAUGUCUUCAUCCGGCUUGUCAUCAGGUUGUCUUCAUCCGGCUUCUCAUCCGAAUGUCCUCAUCCGACUUCUCAUCAGGAUGUCCUCAUCUGGCUUCUCAUCCGGAUGUCCUCAUGUGGCUUUCAUAAUAACCUCUAUGAAUGAGAUCAGUUUUCACCAAUUUUCACCAAUGAAAUACACUGUAUCAGUUUUUAUCAAUUUAAUGUAAUAUACUCUUUGAUAAGUGUUAUUAAGAUUCAACGUCCCGUUUUUUUUUAAGGGAUUAAUUGAUGUAUAGUUCCUUAGUCUUAAAUAAACAUAGGUUUUCACCUGUCUUGGACUUUUAUAGGCUUAACAGUCGGCUUAGUUCGAUCUGUGUCACCAGAACAGGAAGCUGAAUGGAGAAACAGCUAAAGGGAGACAACUCUCAGCAUGCAGUUGAAAGAAGUAGUGACGUUUUGUCAGAGGGUCUAUUCCGAGUAGGGCUACAGUUGGACUGUUGGUUGAGGAAGAGUUGGAUACGCCACAUUCAUGGCUGCUCCAGGUCACAUACGGCUUAGUAAUCUUAGAGAGAGAAAGACACGGACAGUUAUGUGCGUUGUGUCAGUCUGCGCGGAUGAAUUGUCUUUGUGAUUGUCCAAAGACAUGAUAAACGUUAUAAUCUACGGAAGUGAAAGUUUACUGGCAUUUAUUAUUAAUAUAAAGGUGAAAUGUCAGGAUUUCCUUCACUGAUAAAAGUGAUAUCUCACUGGUUAGAGUUAAAUAACAUUUUCGUUAUAACACACCCCGACGCCAUGACGUCACACAGAAACAGUUUGUUUUAUGACGUUUCAAUCCGAGCUUAGCAGAAUGACGUCAUAAUACAGGUUCAGUCAACUUUAACAUUUCUUACGUCACGCAACAAGACACGACGUCACACAAGACGUCAUGUGCGACGUCACACUAUAUACACACGUCUGUGACGGCCUACAGCUAAAAGCAUUGUUUAAACUUGUUCAAAUACACAGAAUCACGAUAUUGUCAAAAUAUAAAUA